AUGGCAAACCCUAACGACGUUACGAUUGAUAUUCCCUUGACCAAGGUCAGCACCUCUGGCAGCGCCACUGGGGCACGCAAGGCCGAUGCUCUUUCUCCUUCUGCUUCCCAGUACAACGGCGAAUAUUCAGAAAAGAUGGACGAGAAACAAGGUCACCACUUUCACAGAGGCCCAGCGGGCAGGAGAAGAAGGUUGGAGGAUCGAGGACGGCAGAGCCAGGCCAAAGAGGAUGGCACAUUGAAUGCAUUCGGCAGAUUCUACAAGCGAGUCUACAACUUCUCCGUCUUGACCCGCUAUUUCAUCUAUGUUGCACCGCUCGCUUUGGCAAUCGCAGUUCCGAUCAUUGUCGGGGCUACGGUCGCCCCUCGAGCACGCAUCGGCGGCGUCAAGAUCUUGUGGUUCUUCACCUGGAUCGAGGUGGUCUGGGUAUCGCUGUGGGCUUCGAAACUGGUGGCUCAUUUCUUACCAUUUCUCUUUCAGUUUAUUUGCGGGGUGGCCAGUCCUGGCACAAGAAAAUAUGCCCUCGUCCUCAGCGCUCUCGAGAUACCUCUCUCGCUUGUUGGCUGGGCCGUGACAUCACUGGCAACGUUUGUCCCUAUCAUGACAUUAAAUCCUGACCAGAGAUCACGUGGUGAGACUGGCCUCAAGUCUUGGGAGUCCAUCAUCAAGAAUAUUCUCUUUGCCUGUGUCUUUUCAACGUUGCUCUUGCUCGGCGAAAAGCUACUUAUUCAGCUCCUUUCCAUCAGCUAUCACCGCAAGCAGUUCGAUGAAAAGAUCAAAGACUCGAAGCGAAACAUCCACCUGGUUGGUCUGCUCUACGAUGCUUCUCGAAAGCUCUUCCCGGAGUACUGUCGAGAAUUCGCCGAAGAGGAUUAUCUCAUCAACGAUGUUCUGGACUUUGGGGAGCGAAACAGCAAUCGGAACAGCAUGUUACCUGGUCACAAACGGUCUGGCUCGGCCACCCCAAUGAAACUCAUCCACAAUGUUGCACGGGUUGGAGACAAGGUCACAGCAGCAUUUGGGAAUGUGGCCCAGGAGAUUACUGGGAAGAAGGUUUUCAAUCCCACUGCCUCGCAUUCAAUCGUGGUCCAAGCGCUCGAAAAGAAACAUUCAGCCGAAGCCUUGGCUCGGCGGCUUUGGAUGUCGUUCGUCCUAGAAGGGAAGGAUGCUCUGAGCCUGGAGGAUAUCAUUGACGUCCUGGGUCACGAUCGAGAACAAGAAGCCCACGAAGCCUUUGAGAUCUUGGACGUGGAUUGCAACGGAGACAUCUCGCUAGAUGAAAUGGUCCUGCGAAUCACCGAGUUCGGACGAGAGCGUCAGUCGAUCGCGAGCAGCAUGCACGAUGUCGAUCAAGCCAUCAAUGUCCUUGACAGCCUGCUGUGCACAGUUGUCUUCGUCGCUGUUAUCUUCAUCUUCGUCGCCUGGCUGAAUCGGAAUUUUACCACCACACUCGCUACAGCAGGAACUGCCCUCCUGUCAAUGUCUUUUGUUUUUGCAACAACCGCUCAGGAGGUUCUCGGGUCUUGCAUUUUCCUUUUCGUGAAGCAUCCAUUCGACGUGGGCGACAGAGUCGACAUUACCGAUACCCAGUACGUUGUGGAACGCAUGUCUCUUCUUUAUACGGUGUUCCGCCGCGUCAAGGACCACAAACGGACCCAAGUCCCCAACAUCGUGCUCAACUCGCUAUGGAUUGACAACGUGUCUCGCAGCAAAGCCAUGCGCGAACAGAUUCAGCUGUAUGUCAGUUUCGACACCAAGUUUGAAGACAUUGAUCUGCUCAAGAAGGAGAUGACCAACUUUGUGCGGGAUAAGGAUAAUGCACGCGACUUCCAACCGGAUGUCGACAUUGAGGUUACCGGGGUUGCGGAAAUGAACAAGAUGGAGUUGAGGAUUGAGAUUCGGCAUAAAUCAAAUUGGGCAAACGAGGCGGUACGAGCAGCGCGGAGGAACAAGUUCAUGUGCGCUCUGGUCCUGGCCGUGCGGAAAGUUCCCCUCUAUGGUCCAGGGGGUGCCGGUCCUCCAGCUGGUGACAAGGCCAACCCUACCUACUCCGUGGCGAUCAGCGACGAAAUCGCGAGGAGGAACAAGGAGGAGUUUGACGAGAACCUGGAUAAGAAGAGACUCGUCCCCUUGCUGGACCAGAACAAGCCUCAUCUCGACCUCUCUAAAACAAAAUCUUCCGACCACCUCGGCGUCAGCACCGGAACCGAUGUUAAGGAAGCGUCGGCAGUUGACAACUUGGUGAAGCGCAAGGUGGCCGUCGACCCUGAAGAGGUUGUCGACCAUGAGCGAGAACUCCGGAUGGACAAGAAACGCUCCAACGACGUUGAAGAAGUCCGCGACAUUCUCAGACGCGAGUCUACCAGGGGUCGGCGCCGGGCGGCUCGCCACAGCGGUCUCUCAGUACCCAGUGUGGAGUAUGGAGGAGGCUCGCGGACCAUCCCUACAAUCCCCGAUGCAUCACCGCAGGAGCCCAUGACUGCGACGCUCUCGGCGCCAGCCAGGGUCAGUUACUUUGAAGACGUGCCGCAACCGGAGCCGAUGCCUCCGGCCGUGUCGCAGGGUUGGACGACAGUAACACCACUGAACUACAACGCGCCAGCGGCCCAGCCACCGUCGCCCCAGAUGUCCCCGGUGUCCAGCACGGCCAGCCCGUCCCGAUAUGUCCCCGGCAACGCCUUUUCGCAACGAGCUCAUGCCACGUCGCCGAUCCAUCGAAUGCCCGUGCCGGGAAUGCCUGAAAUGAAGAGAAACUUGCAGACGCCAAACGGGUCUUCUCCACCCAGGUGA